CACAGAUGUGUGCACGCUGUCAGGAAACACUGAUGAUGUCUGAGAUGGUUCAUGCCACCUACCGUGUCCAAAACCAGCCACUAAUGCAUGCACACCAAGGAGCCUGGAUAGACAUAACCAAGUCGCAUAUGUGCACACGCAGGACUGUAUACAGAGAACAUGUGCACACGCGUGUACACUUUUCCAGAUGUGCACAUCCGGGUACACCCCACCUCCAGAAAAGAACAAAAAUACCCAGACGGGUACACACAGGCACAUCCGCCCCCAGAUGAGUACACAAGAUACUUCCACCCUUGCUGUGUGCAUUCAUGUGCACCCACUCUCUGCUAUGUACAGCAGUCUGGACUCCCCAAGAUGUGUCCAUCCCAGGGACUCGCGGCUGCAAAGGAGAACAGGAAUUUCCCUGGAGGGUGCGAGGAAGAGGAGGAUGAAGGGACCAAGCGCGCAGACCAGGCGCGGCAGAGCCCUUGGGCCCCCUGUCCGCCCUCCAUCCGCCCUCACCAUGGAUGCCGGUCUGGUGCGCCAUGGCUCAGCGUUCGGCUCGCUCGUGCCGUCGGAGCGCUCCGCUUGGUCCUGGCCCGGCUCGACUCGGCUCGCCUGGACCCAGAGCUCCGGAGGAUGUGGCGGCGGCGCCCAGCUUCGCGCAGCUUCCCGGGCGGUGCCGCAGGACCCGCCCCCAGCGCGCUCCGCCCCCGGAGGGCGAGGCCGGCAGAGGCGGGCACUAGUGCCGCGCGUGCGCGCAGCGGGCACCGGGGUCCGGAUGGCCGUGUGCCGCGCCGCUACCACCACUGUGGCACAGACGGGGCCUCCGGGUGCCCGAGGGGUGUGUGGGCGGGCGCUGGUGGAAGCCUAGACUGACCAGUCAUCAGGUGCACGGUGAAUGUGGUAGCUGGAGCCAUACGCUGAGGAAAUGAGGGGGUGAAUUUUGGAUCGAAUAUGGUAGGAGAGACCCGGGGUGACCCUAGUAGAGUGGUGGGAAGUUUUCCAAAAAGAAGAUGCAUGUGCUAAGGCCCUGUGGUUGACCGGAGCUUAGUCUGAGGCACUUCCCAAUUCCUAGUGAACUUGUCUCCAUUUUCAGAGGCCUUUCCUGCUGCUAAUGUUAACAGCCAUUUUGCCGCUAGUAUUCUUAUUUUUUUUUUUUCCUUUUGGUUUUCUGACACAAGGUUUCUCUGUAUAACUGCCCUGGCCGCCCUGGAACUCGCUCUGUAAACUAGGCUGGCCUGGAACUCACAGA